GAUAGCUUCCAUGGUAAAUUUACCUGAACUCAUUCAGCACCACCAUCCGAAAGAAUUGAAUUUGAGUUGAAUUCGAAUAGUCUCAACCUUUUCAUUGCGAUCAAUACUGAUCCGACUUUCAAAAUAGUUUAUCAAUAGGCAAACUUUGAUCGGUUGCCAUUUCUUCAAUUCAAACGAAAUUUCACUUUCAUCUACCUAUCCUUCGUCGUAUUCAAUUUCUCGCUCUUUUUUAAAUCACACAACCGACAAUUAAAGACAAUGUCAGCUAAGAGGAAACUUCCGACCAAGCUUGGUCAACCAAUGGUCAAGCAAGGUGUUAAAUCAUUUGGAACUGGACAUCUGGAUGAAUCAAAGACUGUGGUAUCUAGUGGAACUGCCAAUAAGGUGAAGACGAACGGAGUCAAGAAGAAUGAAGUGGUCGAAAUUUCUAGCGAUGAGGAAAACGAAAGCGAUGAUGAGAUGGAAGAAAUUGAAGAGGAUGGGAGUGAUGUGGAAGAAAAUGGCAAUGUUACCACAGAUGUGGCAAUGGAAGAUGAAGGAGCUGAAGCUGCGGAGGAAGAUGGAGAGCCAACAUUCGGAGAUCUCGUUCGUGCCCACGCGUCAGAGCCUAUCGAUGUAGCAGCCGCUUUCGGUGAUUCUAAAGCUCAAGCCCUUUCAUAUCCUCAAAAUUCAAUUCAAGCUCCUUCUGGCGCAUCCCUCGGAACCGUUCUCACUCAGGCACUCAAAACAAACGAUGUCGCCCUAUUGGAAUCUUGUUUACAUACUACGGAUCUCAGUACGAUUAGAGCUACGAUUCAACGACUCGACUCCCCUCUCGCCGCGAUCUUAUUACAAAAGUUGGCAGAAAGAUUACACCGCAGACCUGGUAGAGCUGGUAGUCUUAUGGUUUGGGUUCAAUGGUCAAUGAUCACACAUGGAGGAUAUCUAGCCACUCAGAGAGGUCUUGUCAAGAAGUUGGCCGAGGUAAACAGAGUUCUGGAUGAGAGAUCAAAAUCUUUACAACAUCUCUUAUCUUUGAAGGGUAAAUUGGAUAUGUUGGACGCACAAAUCAAAUUACGAAGAGGUAUGCAAAACCGACCAAGGUUAGACAGCGAAGAUGAUGAUGAAGGUGUUAUUUAUGUGGAGGGUCAAAGCGAUGAUGAGGAAGAAGUUAUCAUCAAUGGAUUACCUCAAAGACUUGCCAAGAAUGGAGAUCUCGAAGAUAUCUCAGAUUCCGAGAUUGAGGAGGAAAUGCUCAAUGGUUUAGUCGCCGAAUCUGAUGAAGAAGAAGAGGAUAGCGAGGAUGAUUUAAUAGAUGAUGAGGCCGAGGAAACAGAUGCAGAUACUGGAGAUGAAGAUGAAGUUGAUCAUGAUGAUAUCGAUGAUCAAGGAGAAGAUGAUGAAAGUGAUGAUGCUGUACAAGGACCACCAAAAUCCAAGAUGCAAAAGAUAACAGGCAGUACCUUCCAUAGAAGAUAAUAAGAGAGUUUGACUGUUAGAUGCAUUUCGGGCGUUUACAUGGUCUGGAGUUUUUUGCUUGCUUUUUCUUUCCCUUUCUUUGAUGGGAUCUUAAAAAGAACACAGGAGGAUAUUUCUUUUUUGUUGUACACAAGCAUAUCUUGAUUGUAUGUGUUUUUUGUAUGUUUACAGAAAUUUUAACUUAAAGUUGAAGCUUCGAGCCUGGGUACAAAUAUGAUAGGAAUAAAUAUCAAUAUCAAUAUGAAUAUAACCUUUAAGAA